AUGGAAGACCAAGUGCACAAGCCUCACCGCAAGGCGAAAGAGAAGAAGGGGCACACGGGAGACCGAAACCCCAAGGCCUUCACCUUCUCCAACCCCGGAAAGCUCCUCAAGUCGGCCGCGCGAUCUUCCGAUAUCAAAGAACGGCGACUCCAUGUUCCCCUCGUCGACCGACUUCCCGAUGAGCCGCCGCCGAGGCUGGUCGCGAUCGUCGGACCGCCUGGCGUCGGCAAGACGACUCUGCUCAAAUCCCUGAUCCGCCGAUACGCCAAAGAGAGCAUCUCCGACCCCCAGGGGCCCGUCACCGUCGUUACCUCCAAGAAACAGCGAUUGACCUUCAUCGAGUGUCCGAACGACCUCGAGGGCAUGGUCGACAUAUGCAAGGUGGCCGAUCUCGUCAUCAAUCUGCUGGACGCCAACUAUGGCUUUGAGAUGGAGACAAUGGAGUUCCUGACGCACUUGGAUCUGUUCAAGAAGCCACAGGCAUUGAAGGAUGCGAAGAAGCGCCUCAAGAAGCGACUCUGGACCGAGUUGUACCAGGGCGCACACGUCUUCUAUCUCUCGGGAGUAAUGAACGGCCGAUACCCCGACCGCGAAAUCCACAACCUCUCUCGCUUCCUCUCGGUCAUGAAGAAUCCGCGACCUCUCGUUUGGAGAAAUUCCCACCCCUACACCGUCAUCGACAGCUACCGCGAUAUCACCCACCCGACCAAGAUUGAGGAGGAUCCAAAGUGCGACCGCUCGGUCGUCUUUUCGGGAUACCUUCGAGGCACAAAUUUCGCGGCGGAGAAUCAAAAAGUCCACAUCCCUGGGUUGGGCGACUUCACGGCUUCGAACGUGGAGGUUCUCCCGGACCCCUGCCCUACUCCGGCCAUGGAACAGGCCCUGGCCAAGAUCACAGGCAAGACGACGCGCCGACGCUUGGACGAGAAGGAAAAGAAGCUGUACGCGCCCAUGUCAGACCGCAGUGGUCUCAAGAUUGAUGGGGAUGCGAUCUGGAUCACGAGAGAGAAGGGCUUCAACUUUGACAAGGAGGACGAGGACGGUGAGAGGGGCGAGGGUGAGGAACUGAUUGUGGGUCUGCAGGGCGAGCGAAAGCUCUUGGGCCAGACCGAUGCUGCGGUGCAACUUUUCAAGGGUGGCGAGGAACUCAAGCAUGUUGAUGAGGAGGAAGACACUGGUCGAAAGACUAUGCGACACGCACGCGUCGCGGACCGCGACGGCGACUCCGACGACGAAGUUCCCGACGACGAAGGCUUCGUCAGUGGUGAAGAAGAAGGCGAAUCCGACGUUGAAGAGGAGUUUGACGAGGGCAAGCUGGGCAGGAUGUUCCGGAAAGACUCGGAGGAGGACGUUCAACACGAAGACAUCGCUUUCGCCGAUAGUGACUCCGACCUUGGCUCAAUAUCGGGGCUCGAAGAUGAGGAUGGCGAGAUGGACGACGACGACGACGACGAGGACUUCGACUCGGACGAGGAGGCCGCCGCGUUAAAGUGGAAGGAGAACAUGGCCGAGCGUGCAAAGAAGCUGCACGGCAAGCGGCGCUCUUACCACACACCAAACCUCGCUAGAUUCAUGUACGAUGCCUCCUUGACGCCGGAGGAAGCACUGGCGAAGUGGCGCGGCGAAGAAGAAGAGGAGGAAGAGGAUGACAUCGAGGCAUCCGACGAUGAGGAGUUCUUCAAGAAGUCCAAGCAGGAGAAGGAAGACAAGGUGGAGGACAGAUCGAUACCCGUGUACGACUACGAGGAUCUGGCGGCGAAGUGGUCUCAGCAAGCGAGCGUAGAGGCUUUGCGGCGACGAUUCACCACCGCAUCGUUGCGCGAUGGCGGCGACGACGAGGACGGCGAGGAUGAGGAUGAGUUCGACGGCAUCGACGACGAGGACGAGGACGACGAAGGUGAUGGUGUCUUUGAGGACCUUGAGACGGGGGAACAGCACGGCCCUGAAGAAGCUACCGAGGAGAAGGACUUCGAAGACGAGCGUGAGAAGAACGCAAAACGCAAAGAGGAACUCAAGCUGCGUUUCGAAGAAGAAGAUCGAGAGGGUUUCAUGAACGACAAAGCCAACGCCCGUCGGGAAGGUGGCGACCAGGAGUUCGGGGAGGACGAGUGGUACGAGUCGCAGAAGGCCCUGAUCCAGAAGCAGCUGGACAUCAACAAGGCCGAGUUCGAAAACCUCGACGGGAGGCAACGAGUCGCCGUGGAGGGUUACAAGGCCGGCAAGUAUGCGAAAAUCGUCAUCGAGGGCGUCCCAGCCGAGUUCUUGCAACAAUUCAACCCGAAAAUGCCCAUCAUUCUUGGAGGCCUAACCCCUACCGAAGACCGUUUCGGAUUCAUCCACGCGCGCAUCAAGAAGCACCGAUGGCACAAGAAGAUUCUCAAAACCAACGACCCCUUGAUCUUCUCCCUCGGCUGGAGGCGUUUCCAGUCCCUUCCCAUUUACUCAAUGUCUGACAACAGACAACGCCAGAGACAGGUCAAGUACACAAGUGAACACAUGCACUGCUUCGCGCAGUUCUACGGACCGCUGAUUGCUCCCAACACCGGUUUUGUGUGCUUCAACUCCUUCUCCUCGGCCAACCCCGGGUUCCGGGUAGCAGCCACAGGAACGGUCCUCAGUGUUGAUGAGUCAACGGAGAUAGUGAAGAAGCUGAAGCUUGUGGGAACGCCUGCCAAGAUUUACCGCAAUACGGCGUACAUCCAAAACAUGUUCUCGUCAUCCCUGGAAAUUGCCAAGUUUGAAGGGGCGAGUAUCAAGACAGUGUCGGGAAUUCGCGGACAGAUCAAGCGCGCCCUAUCCAAGCCCGAAGGCCACUUCCGCGCCACCUUUGAGGACAAGAUCCUCUACAGCGACAUCGUGUUCCUGCGGGCGUGGUACCCGAUCAAGCCGCACCGCUUCUACAACCCUGUGACGAACCUCAUCGGAUGGCAGGCGAUGCGUCUGACGGGUGAAGUGCGCCGCGCCGAGGGCAUCGCGACGCCGCUGCAGAAGAACAGCCAGUACCGCAAGAUCGAGCGCGAGACACGUCACUUCAACCCGCUGCGCGUCCCUCGUGCCCUCGCGGCCGAGCUGCCCUUCAAGUCGCAGAUCGUGGAGAAGCGCAAGCAGAAGAAGGAUACGUACAUGCAGAAGCGCGCGGUGGUGCUGAACAAGGAGGAGAAGACGGCGCGCAAUCUGCUGCAGCAGCUCACGACGAUCCGUAACGACAAGGUGGCGCGUCGCGCGGCCAAGAAGGAGGAGAAGAGGGCCGAGUAUCGCAAGAAGGUGGCCGAGUCCGAGGAGAAGAAGGAGGCGAGGGAGAAGAAGGAGAGCAAAGAGUUCUGGCGCAAGAACGGCCGGAAACGCCAAGCAGCGGACGAGGGCGGCGGCGGCGGCCAGAAGCGCAGAAAGUAG